CUUCACGCGUCAAAAUCUAUCCAUUAGUUCAAUGAUGGCAAUGGCAUCCAACACUGUGUUCCUCUCCGUUCUGCUCUUUCUCUCCCUCACCUCCAUCGCCAAAUCUUACGACGAGGAUUGCGUUUACACGGUGUACGUUAGGACCGGGUCGGUCCUAAAGGGCGGAACGGACUCGAUCAUCGGCCUAAAGCUGUACGACGCGUACGGGGAGUACGUGCACAUCACGAACCUCGAGGCCUGGGGAGGGCUCAUGGAUCGGGGGCACAACUACUUCGAGAGGGGCAAUCUCGACAUUUUCAGCGGCAAGGCACCGUGCCUCGCCGCUCCAAUCUGCGCGAUCAACCUCACAUCCGACGGCUCGGGUCACCACCACGGCUGGUACUGUAACUACGUCGAGGUCACGUCCACCGGGCCCCACAUCCCCUGCGCCCAGCAGCUCUUCACGGUGGAGCAGUGGCUCGCCCUCGAUACGGAGCCGUACGACCUCACCGCUAUCAGGAAUUACUGCCCCUCCGUCGCUCAGGAUCGUCGUGGACGCCUCAAGUCUAGCGUGUAAUUUUAUUUGUACCGCGUGCUUAUUUAUUAUUGUAUUAUUUUUAUGUUUUUUAAGGUUUAAGGUUUAAGGUUUAAUGUAUGUUGUUGUGUCGGAUCUAUCAUCUAUGUAUGACGAACUUAGAGCUUUUGUCGUCACAGUCUUUAAUGGCUAUUAUGAUCUGAAUAGGAUGCUUAUUUUGGGAAAGAAGAUUAGUGACCUUUUUUUUU